AUGGAGAACAUGAUGCAGGGCAAUAAGAUCAGACGAGUUGCAGCUACUCGCAUGAAUGAGAGGUCAUCUCGAUCACACACGAUUUUCCGGAUUAUUCUGGAGUCGAAAGAUGCCAAUCAGAAAGAUGGACCUGUACAUAUAAGCUACCUUAACUUAAUGGACUUAGCUGGUUCUGAGAGAGUUUCUCUGACGAAAGCUGCUGGUGAGCGUCUUAAAGAGGGGGCUAACAUAAACAAAUCUUUGUCAGUAUUAGGAAAUGUGAUAAGGCAACUAAGCGAGGGGAAGGAGUUUAUCAGUUAUCGCGAUUCGAAAUUGACUAGACUGCUCUCACAGGCUCUUGGCGGUAAUGCCAAAUCAUUGAUUAUCGGGAAUGUUACUUUAGCUGCAGAGGAGGAGACUAGAUCUACACCAGAAUUCGCCCAAAGCACUAAAACUGUCAAAAAUAAAACGAAAGUAAACAUCUUGUCAGCUACAGAAGAGACACUUCAAGGAUAUCAGAACUUGACUCGCGAUCUCGAAACUCGGCUCAAAAAGCAGGCAAUUAAGCUAAAGAGAUGGAUAAAAGCAAACAAGAGUAUCUGCUCGAGAUAG